CGCCCGCGGACACCGCGGGGAUGGUGUCAGGGUUAGUGCGUCCAUAAACGUCGCGCCGCUCGGGUUGUAGUGCGGUGUGAGGUCGCUAAAGGCAGACAGACAGACAGACAGACGGACAGACAGGCGGACAGACAGACGGCGGUCAGCGUGUUCAGCGCACGGAGGACGUUAUGGGUGGUUAGUCAGACUCUCUCUGUGGCUGAUCAGUUGGACAAGCACGUGCUCCUAGAGGUCAGAGGUCAUGGCGGCGGAGGAGAAGGAGGACUUCGGUGUGUUUGUGGACUGGUCUCAGAUGGGAGAUGUUUCGCGUGAUGCUCCCGCCGGCAAGGCCGAGUAUAAAGACCCGAAAGAACUGAAGCAGCACGCGCGCUCGGGCCAGUGGGCCAAGAACCACACCCAGAGGGCGCUAGUGUACCGGCAGCUGAUUAAAGCCCUGCUCUGCCGCGCGGUCACCGCCGACGCCGCAGUGUACCGCGAUAUCGUGGGAAACUCCAGCAGCAAACGGAACCCGGCCAAUUUCCCUCUUCCUGAGUUUGUGGACGGAGCUGCGGUGCCGCUGUACUGCCUGAAGCCGGAGGCGGCCGGUUCGGUUCACGCCAUCAUUUCCUGCGUGGCGGGCGAGUUCCCAGACGUUUCCCACUGCCCGGCGCUGCCCGCGGUGGUGGCGCUGAUGCUGCAUUGGAGUCCGGACGAGUCGCAGUGUUUUGAGGCUGUGGGCCGUCUGCUGGCCUGCAACGAGCCGGGCCGCCGCAUGCUGGACCAGACUUUCCUGGCCUACCAGUCGUCCUGCAUGACCUUCGGCGACCUCGCCCACAAGUACUGCCCCGCCGCCCACAAGCUGAUUGUCGCGGCGGCGACGGACGUGCUGGAGGUGUACGCCGACUGGCAGCGGUGGGUUCUGGGGGACCUGCCCUUCUCCCACACCGCCAGGGUGAUGGACGUGUUCCUGGUUGAGGGGUACAAGGUGCUGUACCGCGUCGCUCUGGCCAUCCUAAAGUUCUACAGGAAGCACAAGGCCGCAGGGGGGGCCACCACCCAGCAGGACUCUGCGGGCGUCAAAGCUGACAUCCAGGCGUAUGUGCGGAGCAUCGGCAGCUCUGUGAGUCCCGAUAAACUGCUGGAGAAAGCGUUUUCCAUCCGACUCUUCAGCCGUAAAGAGAUCACCCUGCUGCAGCUGGCCAACGAGAAAUCCCUUCAGCAGAAGGGCAUCACCGUCCGACAGAAGAGGCGUAAUGUGCAGUUAGCUGUGAACGCGGAGAACUUCUGCUCGGAGAUCGUCAGCGCGAAGGAGAUGAAGGAGAUCUGGUCCUGGAUCCCUGAGCGCUUCGCUCUGUGCCAACCUCAGCUGCUGUUCACCACGUCGACACACGGCUGCAGCUUAAACAGGUUUUAUUCUCACUGCGAAGGAUACGAGCCCACCCUGCUACUAAUCAAGACCACAGACAGAGAGGUGUGCGGGGCGUUCCUGUCGACAGACUGGGAGGAGAGGAAGAGGGGCGGGAAUAAGCUGAGCUACUUCGGCACGGGGGAGUGCUUCGUCUUCAGGAUGAAGCCGGAGAUGGAGCGCUACGAGUGGGUCGUCAUCAAACACCCCGAGCUGGCCAAUUCGGCCCAGGCCGGGUCCGAUCAGCCCGACCAAGAGGCUAACGAUGCUGACGCUAACUCAAACAGCCUACCCGUAGAGUCCCCGCCCACCUCCACCACUGACCCCGCCCAGCUCUCGCCCUUCCUCGCCGCCCGGCACUUCCACCUGAACGCCCGGAACACCUCCAUGUUCAUGGCGGGGAACGUGGACUCCAUCAUCAUCGGUGGGGGCGACGGGAACGCUCUGUAUAUCGACUCCGAGCUGAAUCACGGCCGGACGGGCCGCUGCGCCACCUUCGACAACCCGCCGCUCUGCGCCGAGAGCUUCCAGAUCACCCUGCUCGAGGUCUGGGGCUUCCAGGACGCCAUGAAAACCUAACAGCCAAUCACCACGCCAGAGACCACCGGGGUCAUCGGGGUGACCAGAGUCAGAUUGACCCCUCUGGGAGAACGCUUCUAAACUGAAGUUCUGCUUUAAAGCGAGAGUUUGGGGAAGAACCGAAUUCACAGCUUCUCCAUUCAGCCAAACCAGAGCUUCUGUAGCACUGGCACGCAGCCUAUUGGAGGCUCAUGUGAACCAAUUAGACGCUACACUCUUAAAGAACAUGGUUCUUCAAGGGUUCCUUAGUAAUGACAGUGGUUGUAUAGAACCAUGAACACACAAAGAACCGUUUGCAUGCUUAAAUGGUUCUUCAAAUUUAUAGAGAAUGUGUUGCGUAUGGUUACAUAUAGAACCUUUUCAAAAAUUGGUUCUGUGUAGAACCAAAAAGCAUUCUUCUGUACACUCUUUAAAAACCAUCAAAGGGUCCUUCAGAUCGAUUUGCUGUAGAUGGUCCCAAUAGAACCUUUUUGAGAAGGGUUUUUAUAGCACCUAAACAGGUUCUGUUACAAUAUCAAGCUUGUUGCAAUAGAAGAACUCUUUUCAGUGCCAUAUAGAGCCCUUCUCAAAAGGGUUCUUUAAAGAACCAUCUACAGCACAUUCUUUGUCAAUCUGAAGAACCCUUUCACCAUGCAAAGAACCAUUUAAGCAUGCAAAGGGUUCUUUGGGCAUUCAUGGUUCUAUACAGAACCCCUGUCUGCUAAAGAACCCUUGAGGAACCCUCUUUUUAUGAGACUGUAUGAGCCUCCAGGAGAAGAUGUGAACUGUGGUUCUUGCUGAACUGGCUUUAAUUGAUUUCUGUACAUUUGUAAUAUCAUAUUGUCAGUAAUCUGUUAUUACGAGUUCCGCGGGUUCACUUUUUACCUUGUUUUUGUGCCGGUUCCCUCAUGCAGCGCUGUUUUUAGGGAGAUGUGCAGUUAUGAAGACACCAAACCCUCAGCAGCUCCUCUGUAAUAACACGAUCAGUCUUACUGGUCAGUGCGCAGUCCGUGUAGAUCAGCUUCUGUCCGUCAGUGACUGAGCGCAUGAAGCCGUGUUCUCUCUGUCUUUAUAGAACCUCGGCCCAAUUCCAUCUGCAUGCAGCGAGCUUAUCGUCCAUAAUCGGCCAUCGGCUUAUCAAUCACACCGUUUUAAAGGAGUGCUCGUCGCUUUUCCUGCCUAAUCUCUGUCCGCUGUGUCUGCGACUGAACGAUGAAUCGAUUUUAUAUCGAAAUUGCAAUUUAAGAGAGAAAUGUUAUGGUGCCUGAGUUAUCAAGAACAAUGUCUAACCCAAUCACACAGAGCUUGUGAACUGCCUGUGGGUAAAUUAGACCAAUCAGAGGCAACCAGGCCUCCAACUGUUGUGACAUCACAACCACAGCUUGCUGGCAGUUUGGCAGACUAUGUUCAGGAGUCGAGCCUCAAGCCAGACGAGCCUCAAGGUCGUUCUGGUCUUCUGGACAAAAACAGGCCUAAACCUCAAUUUAUAGAAAAUAAUCUGUCAAAGUAUUAAUCAGAGAAAUAUUAAUUAGAGGAAUAUUAAUUAGAGGAAUAUUAAUCAGAGAAAUCGCAGUUAGAUAUUUUCCCCAAAUCGUUUCAUAACAACAGAAGAAACAGGUUCUAAGAUCUCUCGUAAUAGAGGUCAGUGGGCAGAUGCUAUAAGGUGGACUUUAAACUCUAGAUGUUACAUUGUUGGCAAAAAGGGUUCUAGAUAGCACCAAAAAAGGGUUCUUCGGGCUCUAACGAUAGCAAAACCCUUUUUGGUGCUAUAUAGAACGCUCUCUAUCAAGUUGAACAAGCCUGUCACAAGGCAAAGAACCGUUUAAUCAUGCGGUGUUCUUUGAGUUUUCAUGGUUCUGUAUAGAACCGGUUUCUUUGUAGGAUGAGACAGACUGAGAGGAGGUCUUACGGAGCUGGUCUUCAGUUUGCUCUUUACAAAACAAUAACAAUCCGAUUUGGUUACUUUUGCUUUACUUAGGCCGACUUUAAACCUUGAAACUGUCCUGCAGCUUUAGCUUGAAACUCACCUGAAAUGAGUUGCAUGUGUAAAGUGUCCUACAACUCAUUUCAAACUCGGCAGCAACCGUUGCAAGAGUCUCAACAUCUUGAAACAAGUUUCAUGAAACGGCCAAUCAGAGUGCAGAUUGAUUUCACCGGAUCAGUGGACAGGAGAAUAAAACAGAAGAUGGUUGUUUUGAUUUGGUGGCUUUCGAUGUGAGCUUCACAAUGUGAGUCUCUCAAGGCUUUGAGUGCUCAACGUUUCAGUACCCAGCUGUGUUAACUAGCCAGCAGCGCUUACAGCUGUUUAAACAGCUGCUUGUGCCAGUGUUGACUCUUCUUCAGCUGCUGUUACUGUGGUUUACCCUCUUCACACCCCUCCAUUUACACAAAGCUGAUUCAUUUGGGAUCCAGAGGAAACCGAGAUGCUCCUCAAUGACCUUGUGCUUCUAGGACAAAACGAGCGAGACGUCUACAAGCACAGCCAUAAAGACUGAUCAGACAUACGUUUUCAAAAGUGAGACCUACACACAACCAAUAAGAAACCCAAAAGUGUAGGAAAGAACCCGAGACAGACAGAUAAGGAACGGAGACCGAUAUCUUGCAGAUGACUUCACUGCAGGAGCCAUACAGGACAUCAGACGUAGGAGAUGCUGUUAUCUCUAACUAGUGGAGUCCAGAAAUAAUCCAGAUACUUGUGCACAACUUUGUUUUUGAAUUGCUUCCAGCCACUGUCAAGUUGCAUGGACAUUUUGUUGCAGGCAACUCACAGCUUGCAACUAGUUGCGUGAAAGUUUCAAGUGCGAAGCCAGCCUAGGGGUUUUGGCACUGAUAGGAAUGAAAACCGGAAAAGCGUCUCUAAAGAAAAAUGACCGUUACAGAUUUACCGCUUAAUUAACACCUUUCAAGCGCUUUUUGCAACAUUUACUGUCGGAAUUCGGCGCCUGCCCAUUGACUUCUGUUAUACUCGUGUCACAAAGUAAUAUUUCUUCUCUUUGCUGUGGUAAUCAGCCACACAGUACUGAUACAACAGAUGGAGAUCAGCUGUGAGAUGGUCCAGACAUCUUUACAGUGGUGGUUAUGGGAACCAGGCGUCGCCAUGACUACAACACAGAUGUAGACACUUUAUUUACCAUCCAGAACCACCAGAGAACCUACAUGAGUCUUCUGAGCUUAUAUGGAAUGU